AUGAUUCAGGAAAAUUUCCGUUUAAAACCCGUAAAACCAACCACACGAACAAAACUGCAGAUGUUGACCCAUUAUUCGUAUAACUUUAUUAGGGUUGCUGCUAAAGCGAUAAUCAUUGCACUUGAAUUGGAAACCGAUAACGCAAUUGAAAAUAUUCUUUCUCAAGCAUUAUUUAACGAUUCUUUAGAAAAUUAUCUAAAACGCACAUCCGCUGAUUGUCAAAAUUACUAUUGA